GGCGGGUUUUAAAAACGACGGGAACACAACAUUUUAAAUCCUAAAGUUCACUUGACUUUUUGUGUUUGUUUUGUUUCCAUUUGUUCUCCUUAAGCCCCUUCCCGGGAUAAACGUUGAUUGUAACCCAAGCGGACACAGGCGUGGCCACUGCAUUCCAAAGCAGGAACAACAAACAAAAGCCCUUUUCUCAAAGCCUCCAACUUUCCCAGUCUGGUCCUUUCAUCUAUAUUCGAUUAUCGGGCCGGCGCCGUGGGCGUGGAUUCGGAAUGAACACGCAACCCUUUUUCUGAAGAAUUCGAAGAAGUCAAGUAAUUAAGAAGAGGAAGCUUCCUCGUGCCUUCCCGUGCGUCCUGUUGCCCUUUGUGGGGCGAUUCCAAGGUGCGCAGGGGGAGGGGGCCGUGCGCCCUGGCUCCGCGGAAACUCGGAGUGGAAAGCAGGGUCGAGCGGAGCAGUAAGAGGAAACUGAAUCAGAAAUACGACGGAGGCAUCAAGGUCACGGACCGGGGCUUGAGGCGGAGGAGCGACCCGGGUGUCCGGCCUUUUGUUCUGCGGGGCUGAAAGCCCGGGUGGAAGGCCGGAGGCGAGGGCCGGGGCUCUGCCCCGGGUGGCGGGGGCGGGCCGCUGCCCCUGCUCGGCGGGCGGGGCGCCGGGGCCGCGCGACCGCACCUGGGGCUGCGCGUGCCGCGCUUUCCCGAGCGGGGCCGGAGUUUGCUGCGGGAACCAGAGAAGGGAACGAAUGAAUGACCCCCCUACCGGCAUGGGGGCCCCGGGUCUCCGCGGAGCCACGCACCGCGCGGGCUGCCCUCGCAGCCUGGGGCAAGCGGGGACCGUUCCGCGCGGGGUGGCGCGCGGCCCCCCAGUGGCCGCGGGCGCCCCGGAUCCCGGGGCAGAAGGAAGCCCGGGCAGCAGCCACGAGGACUGCAGGGACGGGCAGAAUCUGGACUCCUUGUCCUGGGUAAGAGAGAAAGUGCUCUUUCUUCUUCACCCGGAGAGAGGGCUGGGGACUCACGUGGAUCCUGCGUUGCUGGAGGCGGCUGGUGGGCAGGACGGUUCCCGGGCGGGUGAGGGCGACCCGGAGAGCCCUGCUCCUCACUUAGCAGGAGAAAAGCGGGGUCCUCGCGGCCACAUGGACCCUCCCGCCGGAACCCCGCCGCGGGACACCCCAGCCCCACCCAAAUCCGUGCUCGUGCGGGUGGUGGAUUAUCAAGUGACACAAGAAGUCCUCCAGACCGCGUGGACGAAGGGCUGCUUGACCUCACGGACAGAGGAGCGCUUCAUGACCAUGGUCACGUUUCGUACCAACAAGCAGUGAGGCGGGUUGUGGGGCGCACGGACCCCUGGGGAACCCGGCAUUCUGGGCACAGAGAGAGGCCCCGCGAGUCCACACGGCGGAGAGACGACCUUUCCAGGGCUACAGGGACCUGAUUUCCCAAGGAGAUUAAACAGGAAGGAGGCGCCCUGGGAAUGUUCUGGGCUGGCGGACAAACGGUAAUCCUCAAGAGAGGAAAACGCUCUUCUGCAACCCCAACCUGCAAUUAAGGAACAGCAGGGACCUUUAGAGACUGGCGCGGGUGCUUGGAGAGGCAGCUGAUGGCACCCAGUACACAUCGAAGACAACUGUAAACAACGUAUUACCUCGUUUGUGGCUUAAAUACUGUGAGGGUCUGGAGACCUACCGCCUUCACAAGAGGGGAAGAAAAGAUAAAACCAACUGCACCAAGUUAGACAAGAUGAUCUUCUCUCAAGUAACAUAGAAAUGGCCUUUCGAGCAACUUCGAGGGAGUCAAAGGAUGCCAAGGGCAUCCUGAGUUUUCUGACUUGUGUUCAUGAGAAGUACCCCAGUGUCACGUCACGUCCCUGAGUCCUGCAAGUCCCAUGGGCGGAGGGGUCUCCGCUGUCAGCGCUCCGGCCCAGGAGACCAACACUCAAGCUGAUCUGUUUCCAAAACUGCUUGGUAGGUAGAAAAGGUAAUAAAGGCAGCAUAAAUUAAACCUUUAUUUUUCCCCAACAACCCUGCCUGACUCCCCUAUGAGGUUAAACUGCUUGGCAGAUUUCACACCUGAUGUAAUAAAUUUGGUUAUGAGUCACACGCCCCACAUGACAGAGUCCUGACUAUAGUCAACAAGAAAAGCUGCUUCGACGUGGAUCAAAAAUGGGAGCAUCACCUGGUUGCCUUCUCCACAGAGGCGAACUCCAGAGUUCAGGUUCUCGGGCUAAAACUGCUCCACCUCUUCUUACUGUGGCUUUGGGCAAGUGCUUGAUCUUUAGGUGCCUCUGUGUCCUUAUUUGUUAAAUAAUAAAUGCUAUCAAUCUCGUAGAAUUAUUUUUCCCUAGGAUUAAGUUAAAUGAAAAAACACUGAGAACAAGGCUCGGCAUAAAGUGAAUGCUCCCAAUUAGCUAUUUUUUAAAAAAAUGUUGUUUAUUUUCAGAGAUGGGAAAGGAGGGAGGAAGAGAUGAGAAACAUCAGUGUGUGGUUGCCCCUUAAACGCUCCCUACUGGGGACCUGGUUGGCAACCCAGGCAUAUGCCCUGGUUGGGAAUCGAACUGGCGACCCUUUGGAUCGCAGGCUGGUGCUCAAUCCACUGAGCCACACCAGCCCAGGCUCAAAAUUAGCUAUUAUCAUUGCUAGUGAAUCUAGAAAAGCUGGCAUUCGUGCUGCCUGUCACAUACCAAACCCAGUAAGCAGAGACAGGGACUGAAUCUUUAAGGCGUUGUAUUCAGAUGGCUGGCGAUCUCAGAAGACAGCGGGUUUAUGCCCUGGCAGACCGCCUUCCAUUGCCUUCCAAACCAGCCUUCUUAUAACAGAGCAAGGUGCAGUGAGGGGGUUGGAAUUCAGGGACAAUUAGAUCAAAGAACUGCACCCUGGGGGCCAGCUGUCCCGGGAAGAGACAUCUGUCUCGCCCCAGAACGGAAUGGGUCUGGAGGUCUCCAGCUGUGCCCCAGGUCAGCAGCCUCCCAGCGGAGUGGCUGACGGUACCUGCAGUUCCUGAAAUAAUAGCUUGAACAUAUGCAUUACCUACUAGGCUUAUUAACUAUUUACCUUAAACUAAAAAUUUCCCAACUUCUGAGUCCCCUAUCAUUAGUGUGAUUAUUUUUAGUUCACUUUCAUCCUCACCAGGCUUGAGUCUCUUAUUUAAUAAUUUAAAAAAAUAACUGAAGGCAUACAGCCCCAGAAGUCCUGUGGAACUCAAACCAGUGAUUUUUAUUCACUCUUUUCUCCAUUGCUGAAAGAAGACAUAUUCCUACCUUUUCCCAACACUUAAUGUAUGAGUAAACACAUUCCUUAAAUUCCUUAUAAAUGACCUGGUCCACAUCUUGUCAUAAAGAUUGACCCUAAGGUUCAAAAACCUACCGUGCACCAUGCUGGAGUCUCUGAGGGGUGUCACACACUGCUUGUUGGUGCCUGUUGGUUGGUGGGAUCUUUGAAUACUUUCUCUUUGAAUACCUGUCAGGUCAGUUUAUUUUCCCUCUGGGAUUUCAAAUCUAAUGCUUUGGUGGUUAGUUUGUUUUCCCUCAGAUUUUAAAUCUUCCAGCUCUCUUUGUAAAAGAAAAAAAGAACAGGCAUGACGAGUUUUCACUGUGUCUCCUUUCUUUUAAAAUGUAUCUAUUCAAGUCAGCUUAACGCCAUUCGUUGGACAGGUCAAGGGUCUCAGGGUCUGACCAGCUCUUACUACAUGUCAUUCUUGCCUCACGUGAAUGUGUAACACAGUUAUUUUCCAGAA